UCUCUCUCUCUCUCUCUCUCUCUAGAUCUCUCCCCCCAUGCAGUAGUAGUAAAUUUAUGUGAUUCCAUAAACCACAAACAAUCAAAACCUAUUACCUAUUCAUCCCGACAAAGAUGGAUAGUGACAAAGAUGGAUAGUUCAGUUCACUGGUAAUAGCCUAAAGGAAAGGGAAAGAAGAUGAAACCUGGCUAGCUAAAACCGUCCGAAGAGAAUAAAUUAAAAUGAGACUACUUAAAUCUACAUACUGCAUACAUAUAUAUAGUGGAAACUUUCUAUAUCUUCACAUAAAUAUAUUUUUUUUCCCAUCAAUAUAGUUAAAAAAUGGGGAGGGGGAGAGUGCAGCUAAAGAGGAUUGAGAACAAGAUAAAUCGGCAAGUGACAUUCGCCAAGAGAAGGAAUGGGCUGCUAAAGAAGGCGUAUGAGCUCUCAGUUCUCUGUGACGCUGAGGUUGCCCUCAUCAUCUUCUCCGGCCGUGGGAAGCUCUAUGAGUUUUGCAGCAGCUCUAGCAUGACUAAGACGCUCGAGAGGUAUCGAAGUUGCAGUUACGGGACACAAGAGGCAAGCCACCUCGCAGCGGAUCAGGUAAAUAGCUACCAAGAAUAUAUUAUGCUAAAGGCUAAAGUUGAGGUCCUACAACGCACGCAGAGAAAUCUUCUUGGGGAAGAUUUAGAGAAUUUGGGUGUAAAAGAGCUCGAUCGGCAUGAGCAUCAGCUGGACGCAUCAUUGAAGCAAAUAAGAUCAAGAAAGGUGCAGUUCAUGCUUGAUCAGGUUUUUGACCUUCAAAAGAAGGAAACCCUGCUGCUGGAAACCAACAAAGCCUUGAGGAGGAAGUUGGAGGAAAGGGAUGCAGCUCUUCAAUCAUCAUGGGAAGCUAGGGGACAAAUAAUUAUGCAAUAUAGUGGACAUCCAAGACAAGCAGAUCAGGAAGUUUUCCAGCCUGCUUUACAGUGUCGUACAUUGCAGAUGUGUUACAAUCCUUUGGUGACAAAUCAGGAAGAUGCUGCAACUGAUUAUCAAUAACCAUAUUGUUCACGCAAGUAAUCAUCAUCCCUGACUGAAAGAUAGUCAGAUCGAGUUGGUAUUCAAUAAUUAAGCAUGCAGAUGUGUUAUUAAUAAUAGUGGUACGAUAGUUCAAAUGGUGACAAAUUAAAUAAAUCACUCAUUUGUAAUCUGUCAGCCAAAUAAAAUUAUUAUCAUAAAGGUGUGAUAACGUCUAUAAUAAGUGAUCAUGUUUUGAUCGUACCUGUUAAUUAUAAUAUUGUGAUAUUGUUGAAGUGUA